CUCUAUCUCUCUGUAAUCUUUGUGUGUAAAUUCAUGCAUUUUCUCUGAAAAAACCCUCUCUUGUAGAGGGAGGGAGAGUGGAGAGGGAAGAAGGAAGAAAGGGAGAAUGAUGAUUGUUGAUGGGUUGAUCGUGGAGGUUGCAGCUGCAGCGGAGACCGUGAAAGCUUUUCUUUGAUGCAGAUUAGAAAAAAAGCUUCUUUAAUGGUGGACCCAUUGAUGCAGACCCCAAUUGUCUAGUAUUCUUUUCUCUUUUUUUUUGUCUCACCAGUCAGGAAUAGCCAACAACAACCAUCGAAAAAAGUUGAUCUAUAGUUUGAGCUUGGAAGACUGAUGUGUUGUGUUCUUGGGACAAUCUUCAUUUCCAUUGACAAAUGAAGAAAAAUGACUUUUAACAGAGUUGGGUAUUAAUCUUGAAGUGUUUCUUUAUAAGAAAAUCUGCACAAGCUUUCAUUUCCUUCUCAUUAUGGCAAAGAAAUCACAAAGGCGAAAUGGGCGAUAUGACAAAGCUCAAACAGGCUGCAUUUGGACUUUCAUUAGUAUUUUCGAUUUCAGAAAUGGUAGAUCUACUCGAAGACUCCUCUCUGAUAGAAGGAAUUCCAGGAGACAUGCUGUUGGAACCGAAGAUUUCAAGACUAAACAGCAAAUGUCGAGAAAUUCAACAGGAGAAUUACAAAAAUGCGAAGAAAUUGAAGUCGUGAAACUUGAUCUUGGUAAAGUGAGUGUAAAGGAACUAAUGGAGAAGGAGAUGGUUAGCGACACAAAUGGAAGAUAUGUUAGAAGGAAUCAUAAAAGAUGGAGUUCUUAUGGCUCAAAAUCUGAUAUCGAAGUUUUGGAAGAUUUAGCAAACGGGCAAUCAAGAGGUUUGGAUCUUGAGACAAUAAUUAACGAUCUCUGUCGUCAGAUUCGCCGGGAAAGAGUCGUUCGUUUGAAGCCCGAGGAUGAUAUCGAUGACGAUCUUGAUAAUACCAGGUCUGAUGAAAAAUUGGACGAGGCAAUUCAGAUGUUUGUAAUUCAGAAGCUUACAAAUGAGAACGAUCUAACAGUAGAAGGAAGAACUGAUGUUGUUCGUGCUUUAAGAUCUAACAAAGACGCGAUUAUAAAACACCUUAAAGAGCAGAAUUCUCCAUCAAACCCAAAUCAACACAAAAUCCUUAGAAGAAGUCAAUCUCUUGAAGAAAUCUUGUUGAAGGAAGAUUACGGUUAUCCAAGUUCAGAUAGAAUCGUGAUCUUGAAAUCUGGAAUAUCAGGAAUCCAAUCUUCAACUGCCAAAUCGAAUUCCAGUUUGGAGAAGAAACAAACCGUUGCAACCCAUUUUUCGUUUACUGAAAUCAAAAGACGGUUAAUGAAUGCUAUGACAAGGGAUCGAAGUGGACAAACAGCUCUUCCUUCUGACAACACUACCAAACAAGGCAAUGUGGAGAAAAACUCAGUUUGGAAUUCUCCAAUCAAGAACCGUGACUACAACGAAAAGUAUGCCAUGCCUUCCCGGGGAACUAGAAAGAAAGAAAAGAGCGAAACAAUUUCCGAUAUCUACAUCGAGGCCAGGAAACAUCUGUCUGAGAUUAUUCUUGGCAGUGGAGGAGAAAUUGAAAAUUGUUCAAGUAGUAGAAGGUCACCAAGAUCAUUAGCAAGAAUUCUUUCUUUGCCAGAGUUCAAUUUCUCACCUAUUGCCAGCCCAAGAAAAGAUACUCGACCUGUUUCUGAAGCCAAAGAGAAGAACCCGUUAGUGUUUGACAACUUUCAGGAGAAUUUGGAAAAUCAAUCAUAUAAUGGAGAUGAAAUCAGCAAAGAAACCGAACCUUUUGCUAAUACACAGGUUUUGGAUGAGAUUAGUCAGAGUUCUGGCAAAGGUGGUGAUAUGGAAGUUGUCAUAACAGAUGCAUCGGUAGAGUCUGAGUUAUGCCUUCAAGUGGGAACAAUGGAAUUGGAUGAUUUGGAAGAAGAAGAGUUAUUGCCUUCAUCACCAUUGUCAUCAUCUCCAACCUCCCCAAUUACCAAAAACAAGGAACAUAAUGAAAGAACAGAAAGGCCAAGUCCAGUCUCUGUACUUGAUCCAACAUUUGGGGAAGAAGAUGACAUCAGCCCAUCAAGCCUCAAAUCUAAUCCUGGCAUCUCUGCAGUCCAGCCACAACUCAUCAAAUUCGAAGAUUCAUCUCCACAAGAAAUUUGCAUAGGAACCAAUUUGGAAGACGAAGAAUCUGCAUUCGAAUUCGUGGAAGCCAUUCUUUUCGCUUCCGAUUUAAAAUGGGAUGACUUCCUUGAUCGAUGGAUUUCUUGUGACCCGGUUCUUGACCCAUUGUUAAUUCAUGAAGUGGAGUCAUUUUCCAGCCGAAGUUUGCACGAUCAGAAGCUUCUAUUUGAUGGUACUAACGAAGUUCUAGAAGAAGUUUGCCAACGCUAUUUUGGCUUGUCUCCUCGAGUAUCAUAUCUCAAAAGUAAUAUUCGACCCGUUCCAAAAGGCCAGGAUCUUAUUCAAGAGAUAUGGGAAGGAGUUGAAUUGAAUCUUUUGCAACCUUCGCCUUUCGUUCUAGAAAGUACGGUUAAAAGAGACAUGGCUGAGAAAUGGAUUGAUCUUCGAUUAGAUACAGAAGAUAUUUGCUUUGAACUUUGUGAAGAAAUUUUCGAACAGCUGUUGGAAGAAACCAUACUGAGCUGAUGAAGAAAAACCAAACAUGUGGGAUGAUUUGUUUUAGAAGGUUAGUAAGAAACCAAACAGCAAUAACGAAGGUAUUUGUUAACCAAAUAUAGAUGAAGAGAGUUUGUGGAUCUUGCAGAUGUGUGGAAUUUCUGUAACUAAUCUUUGAUGAUUUUAAUUUUGGGUGUUUGGUGUAAAGGGAAGAUCAAUCAAAUAUUAUUGAUUUGGAUUUGCGUGGUUUUAGUAAUUUAUUUUAUUGAUUACA